CGAGAGACUCGAGUUGACCCCAAAAAAUCGGAGAGAAAGAAAAGGUUGAAGCGAGAGGGUGAAGCAGUAAGCAGUGCCUGUCUCUCUGCUACCUCGGCUCGGCGGCGGCGGCUGAUCUUUCACUUUAUUAAACAGUACAAAGAACACCAUGGAGAUAGGCGCUGAAGAGGUUAAAGAUAGCUCCCUCAUUUUGAUCAAGCAAGGAGCUGAAGCGAGGGUUUUUGAGUCAAAUUUUGUUGGAAGGAGGUCUAUUAUAAAGGAACGUUUCUCGAAGAAGUACAGGCAUCCGACUCUGGAUUCUAAACUUACUCUCAAGCGUUUAAAUGCGGAAGCUAGAUGCAUGACAAAGGCAAGACGACUAGGGGUGUCUACUCCUGUGUUGUAUGCUGUGGACCCACUUCUGCAUUCUCUAACAUUUGAGUAUGUGGAGGGUCCUUCUGUGAAAGAUGUCUUCCUUGAAUUCGGGUUACAUGGUAUUGUGGAAGAGCGAUUGGAUGACAUCGCAAUGCAGAUUGGCGAUUCAAUUGGAAAACUACAUGACGGUGGUCUUAUUCACGGUGACUUGACCACAUCAAAUAUGCUAAUUCGGAUUGGUACCAAUAAAUUGGUCCUUAUUGAUUUCGGCCUUAGCUUCACAUCAACCCUCCCUGAGGACAAAGCUGUUGAUUUAUAUGUACUGGAACGAGCCUUACUUUCAAUGCAUUCUUCAUGUGGGAAUGUGAUGGACCGCAUUCUCGCCGGGUACAGAAAGUCCUCAAAGCAGUGGUCAUCUACGUUGAACAAGCUUGCUCAAGUUCGACAAAGGGGUCGGAAGCGCACCAUGAUUGGAUAAACUUUUUCCUCUAUUUGUUCCAUAUGAGGUAAAGAGAAAGAGGUGUCCGUUAAAGUGAUCAAAAUUAUGACAAUUUAUGUUGCUGCUGUAUUCUUAUGCAUAUGUAAUGAUUUACUACAAGUUGUUAUGCAUGAAACAAGUUUUCAUGCAUGGCCAGGGGUUCAGUAGUUUCGUUUUCAUGACAGUUUACUGUUAGAAGAAUUGAGGCAUCCAAAUCAAAUGAUAUCGCUGCGUGUGAAUUUUUUUUUUU